UUUACACAUUUUCCUGGAGUUGUCCAUAAGUCAAGGUUUUGAUUCACACUGAGGGUCGUGGCAACAUGAAAGGCUGCAUGGCUUUUGUCCUCUGUGUGGCAGCGCUGACUGCAUGGCUAGUCACUGCAGAUGCCAAGGAGUUAUCCAUCACUACGAUAAAGCAAGAUCCGUACACCAUGAGCAAAGGCUCAGAGCUGGAGGGCUACUGCAUUGAUUUGAUCACUGAACUCUCCAAGAAGCUGGGCUUCAAGUACAAACUCCACCUGGUGAAGGAUAGCCGCUACGGAGCCAUGGACCCCAGUGGCAACUGGAACGGCAUGAUUGGUGAGAUCAUCAGAGGGGAGGCUGACCUGGCGGUGGCCCCCCUCACCCUCACUGCGGUCAGAGAGCAGUAUGUGGACAUGACCACCCCCUUCAUGCAAACAGGAAUCGGCUUCAUCUUGAGCAAAGACUUGGCCACCGAAGAGAGCACCUUCAGCCUGCUGUCACCCUUCUCCACCGACAUGUGGAUUGGUGUCCUCAUCGCAUUCCUGCUGACAGGUCUCUGCAUAUUCCUGGUGGGCAGGAUCAGUCCCACUGAAUGGGCUGAGCCAGACACAGAGGAGCACAGCUUCACACUGCUGCACAGCUUCUGGUACAUUACCGGAGCGCUCACACUGCAAGGUGCUGGUCCUCACCCUAAAGCCGUGUCCGGGCGGCUCGUCAGCGCUAUUUGGUGGCUGUUCGCUGUACUGCUGCUGGCCUGCUACUUUGGCAACUUCAACUCCAUGCUGCGCUCCAACGACAAACACGUCACCAUCAAGAGCUUUGAAGACCUUGCUAACCAGGAUGUGAUGGAUUAUGGUACAUUCGAAUCUGGAUCCACCAUGCUUUUCUUUAAGAAUUCCAACAACCCCGUGUACCGGCGAAUGUACCAGCACAUGGAGCGUAAGAAGAGCUACGUGUCUACCAUGGAGGAAGGUGUUCGCCGCACCCAGGAGGGAAACUUUGCCUUCAUUGGUGAAGCAGUGUCCUUGGACUUGGCAGUGGCUCGCUACUGUAAAUUGACCCGUUCACAGGAAGUGAUCGGUAUGAGAGCCUACAGUAUUGCAGCGCCUGUGGGUUCCCCACUAGUCAAAAAUCUAACCAUGGCCAUCCUGCAGCUCAGUGAGUCUGGUGAGCUGACAUACCUGCGGGACAAGUGGUGGGCCAGCAGCUGUGUGGGAGCCAACAAGGCCCACCCCUCCAAGGCCCUACAGCCUCAUGAUCUUCGGGGUCUCUUCCUCAUCCUGGGCCUUGGCUUGGGUGUCGGGCUCCUGCUGGCCCUGCUGGAGAUCUUAUCCAUGGCCCGCAACCAAGCUAAAGAUAGCAAGAAAUCCUGCUGCUCGGUGUUGACAUCAGAGUUGAACCGCCGAUUCGGCAGUGGAGGGGAGAGUCCAGAGCAAGAGAGCUCAGACAAAAGCAAAGCCUAAUGGAAAAGUUGAUGUUAGCUUUUGAUACAAUAGUGUCCGAGCCGAGAACAAGCUUUGAGCCUCUGUCCUGUUCCAUAAAACACACUAGCUUUCUGUGGUUCCAUAGUAACAGCCAUGUGUUGUGUGGUCGUUCAGUGUGUUUUGUACUGUUUUAGAAAAUCUUGGUGACCACAUGGAACACAUCAACUAGCAGCUACAGCGUACUUAGUAAGAAACCAAGAGACUUCCAGCUUCAAACUGCAGAUACUAAUCACUCUGAUUUGUUCAGUGUUGCUGCAUUAUGUUAUCAGAUAUCCACAUCCCUCCCCCCUACUAACUUACAUUUGUUUCUUCUUAAACUGUAAAAGCUUUAUAUGUAGUUUUAGUUUCUAUUUGCUUGUG